AUGGCGGAAUCUAACAUCAAUCCGGAGCAGCAUCAGCCGGGAAACGGCUUGCCAGGCGGUCCACUACCGCCAGGAGUAAACCCACAACACCCGGGAAUGCAGCAAAGUCAUCAGCGGCACUCGGCUCCAUUUUUCAACGGUCCACCAUCAGCGCAGCAAUCUUCAAGUACCAGUUCGUCGUCCGCCGAAGCAUCCCAUCAGCUCUUUCAGCAGCUAAUGCAGCAGCAACAGGUAUUCAUGCAGCAGCAGCAACAACAUAUUCAGGUCCCUCCAAACCCUGAAAUGAUUCUCGAUUCACUAGCAAACAAUAUCAAAGAGUUUCGCUACGAUCCGGAUGGAAACAUAACCUUCGCUGCAUGGUACGGCAGAUACGACGAUUUGUUCGAGCAAGAUGCUGCACGGCUGGACGAUGAAGCGAAAGUCCUCUUGCUCAUGCGAAAACUCGGAUCAUCUGAGCACGAAAGAUAUGUGAGUUACAUCCUGCCGAAAUUGCCGAAGGACUACAAAUUUACUGAUACAGUUGAAAAGCUAAAAAUCCUUUUCGGCGCUGCAGAGUCCGUCAUCAGUAAACGGUAUCGGUGUUUGCAGGUUACCAAACAACCGACCGACGAUUACGUCACAUAUGCUUGUCGAAUCAACAAGACCUGCGUUGAAUUCGAGCUAAGCAAACUUACCGAGGAGCAGUUCAAAUGUCUUAUGUUUGUUUGCGGUCUAAAGUCGGAAGGAGACAGCGAAAUACGACCGCGGCUACUGUCGAAAAUUGAGGAACGCGAUAACAUUACUCUCGAUCAUCUUUCGGAAGACUGUCAGCGAUUGUUGUGCCUAAAGCGGGACACGGCAAUGAUCGAGUCAUCAGCAUCACCGUCAUCGGUAAAUUUCAUCAAGCGAAAACAAUUUUCAAAGCAUCAACAGAAACCGCCAAUGGAGACAGCCGGACCCGACAAAAACAUUCCCUCAACGCCCUGCUGGUUCUGUGGAGGAAUGCAUUUCGUUCGAGACUGUACUCAUAGGAGCCACAAAUGCAAAGAUUGUGGUAUUGUCGGACACCGUGAGGUUUAUUGUUCCACUGCCAAGCGAACAUCCAAAGCGAGUCGAAACAAAAAGCACCCGGGAUCGUAUGCUACAAAAAGCGUAAGUCUUGUGAUUAAUACCGUCGAUAAAAGGCGCCGUUUUGUUACAGUGAUGUUGAACGGUGUGAAUGUGCGUCUGCAGUUGGACACGGGAUCUGACAUAAGCAUCAUUUCGAAACGUUUGUGGGAGAAAAUAGGUAAACCACCCACAGUACCGGCAAACGAACAAGCCGCCACAGCGUCAGGCGACCGCUUGCAGUUUUUGUUUAAUUUCAGUUGUGACAUUUCGUUCAAUGACAAACAACAUACCUGUCAGUUUUACGUUGUUGAAAAACCACUUUACCUUCUUGGCAUCGAUUUGAUGGAUGCAUUCGAUCUUUGGUCACUGCCCAUUAGCACGUACUGCAACAACGUCACUGUUCCUUCUGUCACUUUGCAGUCACUCAAAUCAGCAUACCCGAGGGUGUUUAGGAACGAGCUGGGGUUGUGUACGAAAACAAAAGUGAAAUUGGAACUGAUACCAGGUGCAACUCCAGUUUUUCGUGCAAAGCGUCCAGUGGCUUAUGCGGUACAUAGCAGUGUGGAUAACGAACUCGACCGACUGGAACGAGCAAAAAUCAUCACACCGGUAGACUUUUCGGAUUGGGCAGCUCCCAUCGUCGUCGUCCGAAAAACGAACGGAUCUAUUCGUAUCUGCGGUGACUAUUCCACCGGUCUCAACAAUGCCCUGCAACCGCAUCAAUAUCCGUUGCCGCUACCGGAAGAAAUUUUCAACAAAUUGGCUAAUUGCACAGUAGAAGUGGACGAAAGCAGCCGUGAAUUGUUAACCAUCAACACCCAUCGGGGACUUUACCGGUACAACCGUCUGACACCGGGAGUCAAAGCAGCACCGGGAGCAUUCCAGCAACUUAUCGAUACUAUGCUGGCAGGCCUCCCUCAUACGUGUGGUUAUUUAGAUGACGUCGUAGUUGGUGGUGUCAUCUGCUUGACCGCAACGGACUUCGCCCGGAUCCAUCAAAGGUUCAAGCCAUCAACGAAAGGAGGAUUAGGAGCAAUAAAUUACUACGGCAAGUUUGUUCCUAGUAUGCGCACCCUUCGGUAUCCUCUUGAUGAGCUGCUCAAGGCGGAUGCAAAAUUUGAGUGGACGGAAAAAUGCCAGGCGGCAUUUAACAAAUUUAAAGAGGUGUUGAAAUCCGAUCUACUGUUGACUCACUACAACCCUUCGCUUGAUAUAGUUGUGUCGGCAGAUGCGUCGUCUGUUGGUGUCGGUGCAACAUUAUCACACAAGUUUCCGGACGGUACUCUCAAGGUGGUACAGCAUGCCUCCAGAGCACUCACAGCAGCAGAGAAAAACUAUAGUCAGCCCGAUCGUGAAGGACUUGCAAUAAUUUUCGCAGUGACUAAAUUUCACAAAAUGUUGUUUGGUCGUCGCUUUCAUCUUCAGACUGAUCACGAACCGCUGCUGAGGAUUUUCGGUUCGAAGAAAGGAAUUCCUGUUUACACAUCGAACCGGUUACAACGUUGGGCUCUUACGCUAUUGCUUUAUGAGUUCACCAUCGAGUACGUCCCGACAGCGAAAUUCGACAAUGCUGACAUACUUUCCCGUCUGAUCAACCAGCACGUCAGACCUGAGGAAGAUUACGUGAUUGCUUCGGUCUCUUUGGAGAAUGACUUAAGAAUCGUACAACAGUCUACACAGUCCGAUCCUAUCACCAAAGCAGUUUAUCGAUACCUGAUUGACGGUUGGCCUAAGACCGUUACUGAUGCAGAGCUCAAGCGGUUUUAUGCACGACGUGAGUCACUUACCACGGUACAAGGUUGCAUACUAUUUGGCGAUAGACUUGUUAUUCCUUCGCCCCAUCGCAAGCGCAGUCUUCAGCAGCUUCAUCGUGGCCACCCUGGAAUCCAGCGAAUGAAGGCGAUUGCCAGGUCUUAUGUUUAUUGGCCAACUCUCGAUAACGACAUUGUUGAUUAUGUUAAAUCCUGCCAUCAAUGUGCGAUGGCUGCGAAAACACCACCGAAGUCAGCGCCUUUGUCUUGGCCUAAAUCAACAAAACCGUGGCAGCGUGUACAUCUUGACUAUGCUGGACCGAUCGACGGGGAAUACUACUUGGUCGUCGUGGAUUCUUUUUCGAAGUGGCCUGAGAUUGUGCAGACCCGCAGCAUCACUACAGCCGCUACAAUCAAAAUCAUCAGAGAACUGUUCGCACGCUUGGGAAUGCCAGAGACACUAGUGAGCGACAACGGCUCACAGUUCACCAGUGCAGAAUUUCAAUCCUACUGUACGGAUAACGGUAUCGAGCAUCUCACAACUGCGCCGUUUCACCCACAAUCGAACGGUCAAGCUGAGCGGUUUGUGGAUACAUUCAAACGGUCAAUAAAGAAGAUUAAGGAGGGGAGAGCGACAAUGCGUGAAGCACUCAGUACAUUUUUGCUGACUUACCGGAGCACACCUUGUUUUUCUUCUCCGGAUGGAAAAUCGCCAGCAGAAGUCAUGUUCGGUCGUCCGAUCCGUACCAGUUUGGAUCUACUCCGUCCUCCACCAGAUUCUGUGCAGUUUGAACAGCCUAGCGAGAGCCGACCCUUGAAGCGUGAGUGCAAAGCUAAAGAUCCGGUAUACGCAAAAGUCUUCGUUAAAAAUCAAUGGCACUGGGCUCCAGGAACAGUACUGGAAUGUAUAGGUCGUGUAAUGUACAACGUUCAGCUCGACAAUAGAAGGCUUGUUCGCUCCCAUGUUAACCAGCUUCGAGAUCGCGCUAUAUCGGAGGAUCUCAACGUAUCGACAUCGACAGAUAGUACGAAACUUCCACUCAACAUUCUACUUGAUGCUUGGAAUCUUCCGGUUCGUCGUACAACGGAUCCAUUAGCACACUCAACACCAGUAGCACCUCUUACAAGCUGCUCUAGUUUGAGACCAUCGUCAACACCAAAUACUCUGGUGAGAAGGCCUACCUUAUCAUCGGAGUCAUCGUCACAGUUAUCAGUAUCGUCUUCUUCAUCUUCAACAUCGCCAAGUUCGACAUCAGAAUUUCAAUCUGCAAAUGAAGCCGAUUCAGCUGUUCAGGUACCUCGCCGCUCUUCGCGUGUCCGAAGAGCUCCGCAAUGGUUCGACCCCUAUCAGCUGUAUUAG